GAAGUUUGUGAAAGACCUGAUAAUGAAGUAAGACGAUCACAAAACUCCAACAAAAUGAAGGUUUCUUCUUUGUUCGUGUUUGCAGUCAGUGUCCUGUUAUGUUGGCAUUGCAGUAAUGGUCAGCAGAGAGGGUUGUUUCCGGCUGUGCUAAACCUUGCCAGCAUGGCUGAUAUUACUUCCAAUGCUACCUGUGGUCAAAAUGGGUCUGAAAUGUACUGCAAGCUGGUGGAACAUGUUCCUGGGCGACCAUUUAGGAACCCACAGUGCAGGAUCUGUGAUUUGAACAGUAGAAAUCCGAAGGAACGACAUGAAAUAUCAAAUGCAAUUGAUGGGACCAACAGAUGGUGGCAAAGUCCCAGCAUUCAAAAUGGAAUGGAGUAUCACUAUGUGAUUAUCACUUUGGACCUAAAACAGGUGUUCCAGAUUGCAUAUGUUAUAGUAAAAGCAGCUAAUUCUCCACGCCCUGGGAACUGGAUUUUAGAACGUUCCAUUGAUGGAAUCAUUUACAAACCAUGGCAGUACUAUGCGAUAACAGAUACAGAAUGUCUUACUCGCUACAACAUUGUGCCUCGACCAGGUAACCCAACGUACACAUCGGAUGAUGAAAUUAUUUGCACUUCAUUCUACUCAAAAAUUCAACCUCUGGAAAAUGGUGAGAUUCACACUUCCCUUAUCAAUGGAAGGCCAAGUGCUGAAGAUCCAUCCCCUACUUUAUUGGAGUUCACCUCAGCUCGUUAUAUUCGUCUGAGACUUGAAAGAAUAAGAACACUUAAUGCUGAUCUAAUGACACUGGCGUACAAUGAUCCAAAAGAUAUUGAUCCUAUUGUUACACGAAGGUAUUACUACUCACUGAAAGAUAUUUCUGUCGGUGGGAUGUGCAUCUGCUAUGGACAUGCAAGUGCUUGCCCUCUUGAUUUAGUAACCAAUAAAUUUAGCUGCAAAUGUGAACACAAUACCUGUGGAGAUAGUUGUGAUCGCUGCUGUCCUGGAUUCCAUCAAAAACCAUGGGCUGCUGGAACAUUUUACAGCAGCAAGUUCUGUGAACAAUGUAAUUGCCAUGGAAAAGCUAAAGAUUGUUACUACGAUGAGAAUGUAGCAAAUAGGAGCCAGAGUUUAAAUAUAAAGGGAGAAUACAUUGGUGGUGGUGUAUGCAUUGAUUGUGUGAACAAUACAACAGGGAUAAACUGUGAGACCUGCAUUGAUGAAUAUUUCAGACCAGAAUGGGUUUCUCCGUAUGAACCAAAUCCAUGCAUACCUUGUCUGUGCAAUCUAAUUGGGUCCUUUCAUAAUAAAUGUAUUAAGGAUAUCAAGCACAUUGAAGGAGGUCUGCUUCCUGGGUCCUGCCACUGCAAGGCUGGUUAUGGUGGAGAUAAAUGUGACAGAUGUGCAUUUGGUUUCACUGGAUAUCCAGACUGCGUCCCAUGUACCUGUAAUAUUGAUGGAAGCCUGAAUGCUGACCCAUGCAUUGAGCCUUGUGUUUGCAAGGCCAAUACCGAAGGAGAAAAUUGUGCCCAGUGUAAAACAGGGUUCUUCAACUUGCGCUCAGAGAAUUACUAUGGUUGUGAAAGGUGUUUCUGUUCAGGAGUAUCUAGUGUCUGCGAAAGCUGUCAAUGGAGAUAUGAUAAUGUGACCGACAUGUUUGAUUGGUUCCUCGCGGAUUUAGAAGGUAUUUCAAAUAUCCUGCCGAGGCAGGGGUUCUUGGUUAGACAGCAGCAGGUGAUCAUAAAUGAAGAUAAAGGUCGACAGUAUUACUGGAGUGCACCAAGUGCAUAUUUGGCCCGAAAGCUGACAGCAUAUGGAGGGAAAUUGAUUUUCACCAUCUCUGCCGACUCCACAGGACAUCUCUCACACAAUCAAAAGUCCCAAGUCAUCCUCGAGGGUAAUGGCAUCCUCAUAAGCAAUGGUGCUGAUGGAAUUAAGCUCGACCCACUGACAGAGCACACCAAAAUGAUAGUUUUACGACCAGAGAACUUUGUGAUUCAUUCCACAAUGUCACCUGUAAACAGAAAAGACUUCAUGACUGUUCUGGCAAACGUUACCCGUCUUCUCAUAAGGGCCACCUAUAACUACGACCAGACUGCCAUCUAUGGGUUGAGCUCUGUUAUACUCCAGACAGCUAAUCCAAAUUCAUUAGGCCAACAGACAGCUACAAGCGUUGAGAUUUGUCACUGCCCUCCUGAGUACUCUGGCACAUCUUGUGAAUCCUGUGCACAGGGAUACAGACGAGUAAAUGGCACCCUCUAUGGAGGAAUCUGUGUACCGUGUUCUUGUUAUGGCCAUUCUAGCUAUUGUGAUGACAUUACUGGAGAAUGUUUGAAUUGCCAACACGAUACCACUGGCAGGUUUUGUGAUAAAUGUCGGCCUGGCUUUUAUGGAGAUCCAACUCGAGGAACACCCAAUGAUUGUCACCCUUGCAGUUGCCCAUUACUAAUUCCUACAAAUAAUUUCAGUCCGACUUGUCACCUGGAUUCUAGGGGAGAGAUAAUAUGUGACCAGUGUGCUCAUGGAUAUGCAGGAUCUCGAUGUGACAGGUGUUCUGAAGGCUUCUUUGGACGCCCCAACAAACCAGGUGGAUUAUGCCAACCCUGCCAAUGCAACUAUAACCUUGAUCUGUCUGUACCUGGCAGCUGUAAUUCAUUGACAGGAGAGUGUCUUCGUUGUAUUGAGGGAGUGUCUGGUCAGUUCUGUGAUCAAUGUGCUGAAGGUUUCUUUGGAGAUGCUGUUGUAGCCCGGAAUUGCCGACCCUGUGACUGUCAUGUCAAUGGAUCCGUUGCUGAGCUCUGUGACAAGCAGACUGGACAGUGCCAGUGCAAACACAAUGUUGUAGGAAGACAAUGUGAUCAUUGUUUGAGCGAAACUUAUUACCUGCAUUCUUCAAGGGGCUGUAUUCCCUGUAAUUGCAAUUCAUUUGGAUCUAAAUCAUUUGACUGUGAUGAUAAAGGCCAGUGCAGAUGUCAGCCUGGAGUGGCAGGGCAGAAAUGUGAUCGAUGUGGUCUUGGCUUCUACCACUUUCAAGAAGGAGGAUGUAUUCCAUGUGAAUGUGCCCAUGUUGGCAAUCAUUGUGAUUCAGAAACUGGACAGUGUAUCUGCCCUCCAAAUACUGUGGGAGAAAAAUGUGACAAAUGUGCUGCAAACUUUUGGGGUCAUAACUUUGUCAGUGGAUGUAAACCCUGUAACUGUACAGUUGUGGGAUCUUUAAACCUUCAGUGUGAUGAUGCAACAGGCUGCUGCUUCUGCCGUCCAGAGUUCACAGGGGAGAAAUGUGACCGAUGCAGAGUAGGUUACUGGAACUAUCCACUGUGCCGGCACUGUGAGUGUGAUCUGGCAGGGACAGAGAGGCAAACAUGUGAUGAAGCUGGAAUUUGUUCAUGUGCGGAAUACAGUGGACAAUGUAACUGUAAGGUAAACGUGGAGGGCAUCAGUUGUGAUAGGUGCAAGACUGGUGCUUUUACACUCUCUUUAAACAAUCCUCAUGGAUGCAGUAGCUGUUACUGCUCAGGUGUGACUACACAAUGUACUGAGGCAAAAGGACUGAUCCGCAAGAGACUGAUGCUGAAUCCUGACCAGACUGUACUGAAAAUAGUAAAUAAAUUCAAUGACCGUGAAACAACCGAUGGUGUCUUUCAUCAGCAUCCAGAGAUAGUAGCUAAUGUAGAUGUAGUAAUUAAACACCUUCUGUAUGAGCCUUUUUACUGGAGACUUCCAGAGCAGUUUGAAGGUGAAAAGCUCAAAGCAUAUGGUGGCAAGUUGAGAUACGCCAUUUAUUUUGAAGCUCGAGAGGAAGUGGGUCAAUCCACCUAUGAACCACAGAUUAUUAUGAGAGGUGGGCCCACAGGAGAGUUGACCAUUGUACGACAUGUAUCUGCUCCUCAAAUCGGUCAGUUAACCAGGCACGAAGUGGAGCUCACUGAGCAUGAUUGGAAAUAUGACAACUCACCAGAUGGCAGACCUGUGUCUCGCAAAGACUUCAUGGAUUUGCUGUAUGACAUUAAUUCCAUUCUCAUCAAGGCAUCCUAUGGGACGUUCAUGAGACAAACCAGAAUCUCUGAGAUAUCUAUAGAAGUGGCUGAAGCCAGUGAUCGCUACGUCCAGGCUGAACAUGCCCAACAUAUUGAGCAAUGCUUUUGUCCAGAAGGUUAUUCUGGCCUGUCAUGCCAGGAUUGUAUGCUUGGUUAUUACAGAGUACCAUUGAGAUCAACAAUCAGAGAGCACAGACCGGUGACAUGGAGCUGUGUCCAAUGUCAGUGCAAUGGCCAUAGUGACAUUUGUGACAGCAAGACUUCAGUUUGUCAGAAUUGUCGUGACAACACUGCUGGUGCGCAUUGUGAGGUGUGUGCUCCUGGAUACUAUGGAAUAGUAAGAGGAUCUCCAAAUGACUGUCGUCCUUGUGCUUGUCCUCUUCAAAUCUCUGGUAACAACUUUAGUCCUACCUGUGUUAUAGAAGGACAUAAUGCUUAUCGUUGCAAUGCAUGUAAAGAAGGAUAUGAGGGCCUGCACUGUGAAAGGUGUGCACCUGGUUACUAUGGUAAUCCAAGAAUUGAAGGAAACUCUUGUAUACAAUGUGAGUGUGAUCCUAUUGGUUCAUUACCUGUACCAUGUGACAAAGCCACUGGUCAGUGUAGUUGCAAACCAGGAAUGAGGGGCUGGACCUGCGAUAGCUGCAUGGAGUGGCAUGUUCGCGAGGGCACGAAAUGUAUUUCUGCUCUGUUUUUCACCAGGCUAAAGAUUAAGGCAUCUGCAUUGUCAGAAAACUCUCCAGAAAUGGAUGUGCUAUUUGUGAACCUGUCCCUGUAUCUGCAGUACCUCAUGUCGCCCCAGAGAGCACCAGAGAGACUUCUACAGCUUGCUGAUAGUAACCUGGACACGUUAAUCACAGAGAUGGAUGAGCUACUGAAUAGAACAACAAAAGUUUCAGGAGAUGGUGAACAAACUGAUAAGGACACAGAAAAGACUGACAAACGAGCAAAGGAGUUAGAAAAAUCCAUUAGAUAUACUAUGUUGGCUACCCAAGAUUUAAAAGAAAAAGCUAAAAAAUUAAAUGAAACCCUUCGAAUCAAGGAUGGGGUCACAGACAGAAAUCUACAGCAUAUUCAGCAAGAUAUUGAAAAGAUGAUAGCAGAGAUGCGUGGCAGAUCAUUUGAUAAACAUGAGGAAAUGGUUGAAGAUGAACUCGACGCAGCCCGCACACUAUUAGAGAGAGUGAAAAAGUUGUUCGACAAUCCACAUAAGAACACACAAGGGCUGAAGGAUGAGGUUAAGGAGAAACUCGCUGAUUACAAAAACAAAUUCAAUGAAGCACAGGAGCUACUGAAAGAAGCACAAGAAAAAAUCAAGGAGACCAAUCACUUGUCUGCUGUUAAUCAGAGAAACAUGACUGCAUUGGAGAUGAGGAAACAGGCAGUUGAGGGUGGUAAAAAGGAUACAGAAGAUGUCCUUAACGAAGGUCAUUAUCUUAUAGCUGAAGCGAAGCAGCUUUUGGGAGAAAUUUCUUUGGGAUUAGAUGAGCUUGAAGAACAAGAACAUUUAGAGCCAUUAAUUGCAGAGCUAAAAGACAAAAUGGAUGAACUGGCAGCUGGCAUUCAUGAUGAGAAACUUCCAGACCUAGUCCUUAGAGCAGAGUAUCAUGCUGCAGUACUUAAUGACUCAUCUGGAAUCCUGGAUGGUAUCCUUGCUGAAGCCAAGAAUCUAUCCUUUAAUGCAACAGCAGCCUUCAGGGCUUAUACUAAUAUUAAAGAUAAAAUUGAUGAAGCUGAAAAAGUUGCAAAAGAAGCCAAGGAAACAGCCAAUCAAGCUGUGAGACUGGCAUCUGGUCCAGAUGGACCUUUGAAGGAAACUGCCAAAAGCUCACUGCAGAGAAGCUUCAGACAGUUAAAUGAAGGAAAACGAUUGGGAACAGAUGUGAAAGAGAAAAGAGAUAACUUGAAUAACUUAGAAAAUAGGCUAAAUGAUGGUACAACCAAAAACAAAAACUUGCUGAAAGCCUUAAACGAUACACUUGCGAAACUUCAUGCCAUUCCCAAAGAUGCAAGUGCCAAGAUACAAGCAGCUAAAGAGAAAGCCAAACAGGCAAAUGACACUGCAAAUGCAGUGCUGGCAGAAAUAAAAGAUUUAAACCAGAAUCUCCUGGGAUUGCAGGACAACUGUAGCAAACUCAAAGAUGAUGUGGCCAAAGCAAAUGCUGCCAUUAAUACACCAGCUAAGACAAUUGCUGAUGCUGAUAUGAAAGUUAAAGAAUUGGAAGAUAAAACCGAUAAGUUGAUGGAUAAACUGAAACCAAUCAAGAAUCUUCAGGACACUCUCGGAAGGAAUAUCUCUCACAUUAAAGAUCUUAUAAAUCAAGCCCGUAAACAUGCCAACUCUAUCAAAGUAUCAGUUUCAUCUGGUGGUGACUGCAUCCGUACUUACCGUCCCGAUAUUAAAAAGGGCACCUACAACUCUAUUGUUCUGAAUGUGAAAACAUCAGAGCUGGAGAAUCUACUAUUUUAUCUUGGUAGUGCACGAUAUACUGAUUUCUUAGCAAUUGAGAUGCGUAAAGGCAAAGUCAACUUUCUGUGGGAUGUAGGAUCUGGUGUUGGACGUGUUGAAUAUCCAGACUUAGUCAUUAAUGACCAAUACUGGUACAGAAUUGAAGCCUCAAGGUUUAGAAGAAAUGGUACAAUUUCUGUGCGUGCACUAGAUGGACCAAGAGCAAGCAUCGUCCCAACUAUUCAUAGUGCAGUCUCGCCUGAGGGCUAUACAAUUCUUGAUGUAGAUGAAAAUGCCUACCUGUUUGUUGGUGGUCUAACAGGAGAAGUAAAGAAAUCAGAUGUCGUCAAAACAACCACUUUCUCGGGCUGUAUGGGAGAAACUUCACUGGAUCGUAAACCUAUUGGAUUAUGGAAUUACAGAGACAGACAGGGAGAAUGCAAAGGCUGUGUGGUGAGUCCACAACCCACUGACACUGAAGGCACUGUACAGUUUGAUGGAGAAGGUUAUGCAGCUGUUGGUCGACCCACUCGCUGGAAUCCAAAUGUAUCAGCAAUUGCGUUCAAAUUCAGGACUUUUACUGCAGAUGCACUACUCAUGUACCUUGCCACAAGGGAUCUGAAAGACUUCAUGAGUGUUGAACUGACGAAUGGACGAAUAAAGGUUAGCUAUGACCUUGGCUCAGGUGCAGUCAAUAUCACCAGUAAGGGACGUUACAAUGAUGGAAAAUGGAAGUCUUUCACCUUAUCAAGAAUUCUGAAACAAGCAAAUAUUUCCAUACGUGAUGUAUUAAAUAAUAAGGAAGAAAGCUUCAUCGUAAUUUCCCCAGGAACGAACUUUGGUCUUAAUCUUAAAGCUAAUGAGAAGAUAUAUUUUGGUGGUUUGCCUAUAUUGAAAAAUUUAAGUAUGAAGGCCAGGCCUGAAGUCAGUUUAAAGAAAUAUAGUGGUUGCCUCCGAGAUAUAGAAAUUUCACAGUCACCAUAUAAUUUGUUGAGUGGCACAGAUUACCUGGGAUUAACAAAAGGCUGUAGUUUAGAGAAUGUCCACACUGUUAGCUUCCAUAAACCAGGAUUUGUUGAGCUUCAGCCACAUGCAUUGAACGUAGGCACAGAAAUAUCUUUUUCCUUCAGCACUAAAAAUGAAACUGGAAUGAUACUUUAUGGAAGUGGAAAGGCCCCAGCUCAACUCAAGAGGAAACGCCGCCAAACUGGACAGGUCUACUAUGCAGUUUUCCUGAACAGAGGGCGCUUGGAAGUACACGUUGCUACGGGAACCCGAGAACCUCGUCGUGUGACAAUUAGACCAGAAUCUGGCAUGUUUAAUGAUGGAAAGGAACAUAGUGUUAGACUGCAUAGAUCAAGAGGGUAUCUCACUGUGCAAGUGAAUGAAGAAAAGGCUCAAAGGAAAAGUCUACCUAAUGAUCUGCCUCUCGACAUUAAGCGGCUGUUUGUUGGCGGUGUCCCUACCUCAUUCCAAGUCAGUCAGUUAAGAAGUAUCACACAUUUCGAAGGCUGUAUAUGGAAUUUAGUAGUUAAUUCAAUACCAUUGGACUUUGCUCAACCGGUGUAUUUUGAGCAUGCAGAAAUUGGAAGGUGCCCAACCUUAAAACAUCCAAAACCACUUAUUGAAGAUGUUGAAGAGAUUGAUACAGCUGAAAUCACAAUCAAACCUAUUUCAGAAAUAAAAAGAAUUCCUACUCCUGCUCCUAAUAUGUGUGCUGCGGACAUUCACCCAAUUGCACUGCUGGGAGUGAAGCGGUUUGGCUUAUCCAAAAAUAGUCAUGUUGCCAUUGAGUUUGAUGAUACCAAAGUGAAAACUAGGCUUAUAAUUGAGUUUGAAAUCCAAACCGAAGCAGAAUCUGGUCUUGUAUUUUAUAUGGCAAGAAUUAAUCAUGCAGACUUUGCAACCAUUCAGAUAAAAGAUGGAAUGGCUCAUUUCAGCUAUGAUCUUGGAAGUGGAAAUGCAAGCACAGUUGUUCAAAAAAAGAUAAAUGAUGGUGAAUGGCAUAAGGUCAGAAUUGUCCGGGAUAGGAAAAGAGUAACAGUUACAAUUGGUCUCACUGUAGCGACUGCAGUCAGUCCUAAAAAUGCAGAUAUUCUGGAUGUCGUGGGUAUGAUUUAUAUUGGAGGAUUGCCCAAGAACUACACAACAAGAAGAAUUGGCCGUGUACUCUACAGUAUAAAUGCUUGCAUCCGUAACUUUAAGCUGAACAACAAAACUUUAGAUCUGGAUAAUCCAACUUCCAGCCUUGAUGUUGGUGUCUGUUUUCUUAAUAGUCAAAGAGGAAAUUAUUUUGAUGGAACAGGAUUUGCUAAAGCAGUUGCACGAUAUAGAGUUGGAACAGAUUUACGAAUUGAGUUUGACUUCCGAACUUCGCAAAGAGAUGCUGUCUUGCUGGGAAUCAGCAGUCAGAGAGUGGAUGGACUGGGUAUUGAAUUAGUUGGUGGAAAAAUAUUUGUUCACAUAGACAAUGGAGCUGGCAUAUUUACAGCUGUCUAUGACCCUCUACACUUUAAUGCGUUGUGUCAAGGACAGUGGCACAAUGUUGUAGUCAAUAAAGUUAAAUACCGUUUGGAACUGAUAGUUGAUGGAGAGAGAGUUGAAAGCAGGAGCCCGAGUGUAACCUCCACUGCAACUGAUACCAAUGAUCCAGUCUUUGUUGGAGGGUAUCCAAGUGACAUGAAACAGUUAGCAUUGACCAUUGAUACUCCUUUCAAGGGUUGCAUUCGUAACCUGAAACUAACGAAGGGAACACAGACUCUAGAAGUUGAUUUCAGCAAAGCAAUUGAGCUCAAGGGAGUUCAACCCCUUACUUGUCCUGCGUAGUGAAAUCUACUGCCUUGUUUUGAACAAAGAUGAAUGUCUGUGGUUUGGAAUAAGCCUACAUAACUUGUACAUGGCAAAAUAUUUUUGGUGGUUCAAUUGAAACAAUCUCUUCAUGUUACAUUAAUAUGUUCCUAUCUGUACUAAUAAUUAUCACUAAAAAUAUUUCCUCAGUUUUCAUUUACUCAUUGAAAUUAAAAUAAGCACUCUUUCAUCCUA